UUUUUUAACACUCGUUCCCAUUCAAUGCAAGCGAAGAAACCAGAGAAGUGCUACAGGACUCUGCUAAUUUCACAGUGCCCCUCAGGCAGUUGACUUGACUUCUCAUCUGACCCGUUUACCUUUACGUCGACAGUACGAUCCAUGGAUGCUACACCAGACAUCGCCGGACACCACGAUCUUUGUUGUGUGAAUUGCUUAUGAUGAUUGAUUCCACUUUAAGUUCUCUGGGUGCAAAAGUUGUCCUUGCUGCAUCCAGCGAUGAGAACCACCCGCCAGAAAACAUCAUCGACGGAAACACUAGUACGUUUUGGAUGUCCACCGGGAUGUUUCCUCAAGAGUUUGUCAUUCGCUUUGCUGAACCCACGACGGUUGCUACUGUGGCAAUGGACAGCUACAAUGUAAAACAUCUAAAGAUUGAAAAGAAUACGUCACAAAAUGCUUUUCAGUUUGAGCCUGUUACAGAGAAAGAAUUUGAACACACUGAGGGACAUCUUCAGUCAAAUGCUAUUUCACUAAACGGCAGCAGUGCAACUCAUCUUCGUUUUCUCAUCAUCUCCGGAUACGAUCACUUUGUCUCAGUGCACAGAGUGACUGUAAAAAACUGAUGCAUUUAAUUGUAAUUGUUGCAAAUUAAAUCCUUCUAAUGUGCAUA